UUCGAUUCCAAGGAGUAAGGGGAAGCUGCAGCUCCGGGCCUGCAGCUCCAUACUAUUGGAUUACAAGAGCAGUUUCAUUUUUAAGACGAUUUAAAAACAUCAACUCUGCUGUGUGCGUCUAUUGGACUAAAUCAGUCUCCAGUGGACUGGUGAAGGCACAGGCUCUAAAAUGAGUUUCAAUGAGAAGAAAGACGAUGGGGGUUCUGUGCAUCUUCAGCCACAGAAAGCAGCAUUUACAGAGCCCAGCUGUGUGUCUAUGAAGAGUAGCAGCUCUAUGUUUGAGCCUCUCAAAUUCAGAGAUAAAACAGUCACAUCUCAUGUCCAAUUGCAGCACCAGGAAGCAGCAUGCCCAGAGCCCAGCUGUAUGUCUAUGAAGAGCGACAGCUCUAUGUUUGAACCUCUUAAAUUUACAAAUGAAUCAGUGACCCCUGAUGUAAGGGUGUUUCCUCACAAAGCAGCUUGUCCAGAACCCAGCUGUGUUUCUUUGAAGAGCAACAGCUCCAUGUUUGAACCUCUUAAGUUCGAAGAUGAAAAACUAAGCUUUGACUUCAUGCUUGAGAAGACUGAAGCCUCGGAGAAACCAAUGCAUGAUGAAUUGCAGAGAGUCAAGGGCCAACACAAAAGCAGCAUGAAGAAAAAAUAUGAAACAUUAUUUGAUGGAAUGAGUCUACAAGACAACGAAACCCUUCUUAACAGUAUCUAUACACAGCUCUACAUAAUAGAGGGAGAAAGUGAGGGGGUGAAUGAAGAACACGAAGUUCUAAAUAUGGAGAAAUCAGCCAAAAUGAAACACUCACAAGACACUCCAAUCUUCUGCAAUGAUAUUUUUACAGCAUUAGCUGAAGCUGGAUGUGAGGAGAAAGACAAUAUCAAGGUUGUUCUUACUAAAGGCAUUGCUGGUAUCGGUAAAACCAUAUCUGUACAGAAGUUCAUUUUGGACUGGGCUGAGGGAAACUCCAAUCAGCAAGUAGAUUUCAUGUUUGUGUUUCCAUUUCGAGAGCUGAACUUGAUUCAAGAUCAACAAUACAGUCUUCACAGACUUCUGCUGGACUUUUAUCCUGAGAUCCAAGAUCUGAACACAAAGAUUUUUAAGGAAUGUACGGUUAUGUUCAUUUUUGAUGGUUUAGAUGAAAGCAGAAUACCACUGAUGUUUUCAGAUGGUCAGAAAGUUUGUGAUGUGGCUGAAAAAUCUUCUGUCGGUGCGUUGAUGUCAAACCUGAUGAAAGGAGAGCUGCUUCCUUCUGCUCUCAUCUGGAUCACCACUAGACCAGCAGCAGCCAAUCAGAUCCCCUCAAAAUACAUCAACCGACUAACAGAAAUUCAGGGAUUCGAUGAGCCUCAGAAGGAGGAAUAUUUCAGGAAGAGAGUUAGUGAUGAGCAUCAAGCCAACAGAAUCAUCUCCCACAUCAGAAGAGCAAGAAGCCUCAACAUCAUGUGCCACAUACCCGUCUUCUGCUGGAUCUCAGCCACUGUGCUUCAAAACCUCCUGAAACAAGAUGACAAUGCAGAAAUCCCUCAAACUCUGACUGAGAUGUACAUUCACUUCCUGCUGAUUCAGAUAAACACGAGGAAUCAGAAAUAUGAGGAACGAGAUCCAGAGAAACUCCUGCAGUCCGGCAGAGAAGUGAUUGUGAAACUUGCUGAAGUGGCUUUCAAACAGCUUAUGAAGGGAAACGUGAUGUUCUACGAAGAGGACCUGAGAGAGAGCAGCAUAGAUAUCACUGACGCCUCAGUAUACUCUGGGAUCUGCACUGAGAUCUUUAAGGAGGAAUCUGUAAUUCAUCAGAGGAAGAUCUAUAGCUUCAUUCAUCUGAGCACUCAGGAGUUUCUUGCUGCUUUCUAUUGGUUUCAUUGCUACAUAAACAGACUCAUGGAACCACUUAAGUUCUUUGAUUCUCUAUACUACUUGCUCAGAGGGAUAGUAGACAAAGCGAUAGAGAGUAAAAAUGGACACCUUGAUCUGUUCCUGCGGUUCCUGCUAGGUGUCUCAAUGGAGACCAAUCAGAGACUCUUGCAGGGUCUAUUGACACACAAUGAGAACAGCUCAGAGAGCAUCGAGAGAACCACACAGUACAUUAAAGAGAAGAUCAAAGGUGGAGGUGGACUCUCCACUGAAAGAUCCAUCAAUCUGUUCCUCUGUCUGCUGGAAGUGAAGGAUCAGACGUUGUCCAGAGAGAUUCAGGAUUUUGUCAAAUCAGAGAAGCAUUCAGAGAAGAAACUCUCUCCUGCUCACUGCUCAGCGGUUGCCUACAUGCUUCAGAUGUCACUGGAGGUGCUGGAUGAGCUGGAUGUUCAGACAUACAACACAUCAGAUGAGGGUAGAAGACGACUGAUACCUGCUGUGAUCAACUGCAGAAAAGCGUUUUUUGCUGGGUGUAAUCUCACUGUCCAGUCCUGUGAAAUUGUUGCAUCAGCUCUACAAUCCUCAAACUGUGUCUUGAGAGAGCUGGACCUCAGUAACAAUGACCUUGAGGAUUCUGGGGCGAAACUGCUUUCUGAUGGUCUGAAGAGUCCAAACUGUCACCUGGAGAUGUUGAGGUUGUCUGGCUGUAUGGUGACAGAGAAAGGCUGUGGUUUUCUGUCUUCAGCUCUGAGUUCAAACCCUUCACACUUGAGAGAGCUGGAUUUGAGCUACAAUCACCCAGGACCAUCAGGAGUUCGGCUGCUCACAGACAAACUGCAUGAUCCAAAAUGCUCACUCAAGAUACUCAAUGUGAGUCAUGAUGGUCAUUUCAGAAUUACACAAGGACUUCAAAAAUAUGCAUGUUCUCUCACACUAGACCCAAACACAGCAUACUGUCAUCUCAUUUUGACUGAGGAGAACAAAAAGGUUACCUAUGUGGAAGAGCAGCAGUCAUAUCCCGAUCUUCCAGAGCGAUUUGAGCACCAGGAGCAGGUUCUGUGUCAAGAGGCUCUUACUGGACGCUGUUACUGGGAAGUUGAAGGGACUGGGAGAGUUGAUACAUCUGUGACGUAUAAAGGAAUCGGCAGAAAAGGAGGAAGUGAUUGUAGGUUUGGAUACAAUGACAAAUCCUGGAGUCUGUACUGCUCUAAAUAUAGAUACACUAUUUGGCACAAUAAUAACAUCACUGACAUCCCUGUACCUUCACCCCCCUCUAAUAGAGUAGGGGUGUAUGUUGACUGUCCAGCCGGUACGCUUUCAUUUUACAGCGUUUCCGACAGACACACACUCACACACUUACACACAUUUAACACCACAUUCAGUGAGUCGCUCUAUGCUGGGAUUAGGGUAUAUCCUGAUUCUUCAGUGUCUCUGUGUUAAAUAUGAGAGUAAUAACAAGAAAGCAAACACUUAGUUUAAAAUUCGACAGAAAAACCACGUUAAGUAAGGAUUAACUGAUGACGGGCCAUUAAAUUAUUAGAAAAAAUUAGCGGAAUUAUACUUAGUGGAGUUAUUCAGUAGAUCUAUUCAGCUUAUACGACUGUUCCUACAUCUAAAACACUGUCCAGAUGUUUUUUUUCAAGAUAUUUGUCUGGUCUUUGUCCUCAAAACACCCCUUUGUGUUUUAGAUGUAAUCGAAAAUGUUAUAUGGAAUGGAAUGCAAUCAAACCCUACAUUUAACUACCUGAAAAUAAUUGCACAACAUAAAAUGUUAACCAACCAA